AUGGAGGGUUUAGAGGACGAGAGGCGUCUGAGUCUUGGGCUCGCCAUCGUCAUUGAUUCUGGUCGGAAGAUGAAAAGAAAGCGAAAAGAAGUUUUUAGAGCUUCUGAGAUCGUCAAUGGCGUUUCUGAAGGAAAGAUUCUGAGUCUCUUGGAGACGAGAGAGAUGAUGUUGAAAAAGGAGAACAAGAGAAAAGAAGCAAACAACAAUGGAGAAGAUGGGAAAGGGCUUCAUUUGAUCCAUCUGUUACUGGUUUCCGCAACUUCUCUCGAUGAAAACAAGAUUGAAUCCGCUGUUGAGAAUCUGAAGGAGUUGUAUCAAGACGUGUCGUUGAAUGGCGAUUCCGUCCAGCGGGUGGCCGCUUAUUUUGCCGAUGGGUUGGCCGCGAGGCUUCUCACGAGACGAUCACCGUUUCACGAGAUGAUAAUGAAAGAACCGACACCCGAAGACGAGUUUUUAGCGUAUAUUGAACUCUAUAAAGUCUCGCCUUAUUACCAAUUCGCUCAUUUCACCGCCAACCAAGCAAUCAUGGAAGCAUUCGAACGCGAAGAAAAAGAUAACAAUCGGGCAUUGCACGUAAUCGACCUUGACAUCGCCUAUGGUUUCCAAUGGCCUUCCCUCAUGCAGUCGCUAUCAGACAAGGCCACUACAGGAAACCGUGUGUCUCUUCUGAUAACAGGGUUUGGCAGAACCCUGGAACAUCUAGAAGAGACAAAGGCGAGGCUAGUCAGCUUCGCCAAAACCUUCCGGAACCUAAACUUCGAGUUCGAAGGUAAGCUCAGAAGUUGUUCCGGAUUGAGAUCAAUAACGAAAAAGAAGAACGAAACGGUCGUUGUCAACUCGGUCUUUUACCUAAACUCGUUACACAACUUCACACACAUCUCCGAGACGUUGAAAUCGAUCCACAUUCUAAACCCUUCGAUUGUGGUUUUAGUCGAACAGGAAGGCGGUCGAAGCCCACGAACCUUUCUCUCCAGAUUCAUGGAGUUUUUGCAUUAUUAUGCAGCCAUGUUCGAUUCGCUAGACGACUUCCUUCCGCUGGAUAAUCCCCAAAGGCUACAGAUCGAGAAAAACCAUCUGGGAAAAGAGAUCAAACGGCUAAUGGACCUCGAUGAUGAUGAAUCGAAUUCUCCGAAAUACGAGAGGAUGGAAACAUGGAAAGGAAGGUUCGAAAAUCAUGGGUUUUCAGGGAUGAAUCUGAGUUCAAAAUCGAUAAUUCAAGCAAAACUGUUGUUGAAGAUCAGUAGCCAUUAUUGUCCGAUUCAGUUUGGUGGUGAAAAUGGAGGGUUUUGUGCGUUUGAAAGAGAAGAAGGGAAUGCGAUAUCGUUAGCUUGGCAAGAUAAAUGUCUGAUUACAGCAUCUGCAUGGGAAUGUGCAGGAGGAAGAAGAUGA